AUGUCCUUACGGAAAGACAAAGACGGGACUAGACCCGAGGCCGAGCUGGGGUCUGACAAGGUGGCCCCGCUGCCCCGCAGGAUGACCAGGGAAACCCCGCGUUUGCUGGCAGAACCAGUUCCCGGCAUAAAAGCAGAACCAGAGGAGAGCAACGCCCCUUAUUUUCAUGUGGUCAGUGCUGGCCCCCAGGAUUCCCCCUUUGAGGGAGGGACUUUGAAACUCGAAUUGUUCCUUCCAGAGGAAGACCCGAGGGCAGCACCUAAACUACGUUUCAUGACCAAAAUUUACCAUCUUAAUGUAGACGACUUGGGAAGAAUAUGUUUAGAUAUUUUGAAAGGUAAGUGGUCGCCAGCACUGCAGAUUCGCACAGUUCUGCUAUCGAUCCAGGCUUUGUUAAGUGCUCCCAAUCCAGAGGAUCCAUUAGCAAACGAUGCCAAGGAGCAGUGGAAGACUAGCGAGGCCCAAGCCACAGAAACAGCCCCAGCAAGGACUAGGCUAGAUGCCAGGAGUAAUAUUUAA